UUAAGUUGGCUUAUUAAUCGUGUCUCUCGAAGAUAUCAAAGACUAAUCGGAAUUUGGAUCCACCGAGAGAAACUGUUGGUUCAAUUCAAUUCCUAGAUCUGUGUAGAUGCCACUCUGCUCCAUUUGAUCUUCUUCAUCUGCAAACUUGCGGAGAUUUUGUGUGUGAGGGGUUUUAGGUUUAAGGGAUUUGAUCUCUCAAUUUUCAAAUUGCGAUGGCUUCAUCAAACCCUCAGCUUCUACUGGAUGAUCAAACAGACGACGAGGAUUUCUUCGACAGACUUGUUGAUGACUCCUAUUCUCCCAGCGGAGCUCAAGCCGCGUCUUCUUCUGCCAACGAGCUGAAAUUCGGCGACGGGAGUGACUCCGAUGAUGCCACCAAAGCUUUUGCGAGUCUCUCUCUGGGUGAUGACGGAGAUGGGCCAUUGAAUGAAGAAGCAGGGGACGAUGUUGCAAUCGAGCCUUCCUCCAUUCCUGUGGAAGAAGCUGUCCAUAGUGAUGUUAUAAACGAGGGUCCAAUUAGUGAGCCUUCGUCCGUUCCUAUGGAAGAAGCUGAUGCAGAUAAGUUAGGGGAUGAUGUUGUGGUGAGAUCGGAGGAUAAGCCGUUAUUAUCUGAAACAGUAAAAGAAAGCGAUGGAUCUGUUGGGAGUCCUGUGGUUAAGGAGGUUGAUUGGGGCUCUUUUUGUGCUGAUUCACCUGUGAAUGAUGGCCGUGGGUUUGGUUCUUACUCUGAUUUCUUCACCGAGUUGGAAGGAUCUUCAUCUACAGGGGGAAAGGCUGAGGUAGAUGUGGUCAAUGCAGGAAACUUGGUUUCCAAUGAUACACAGAACGCAAGUUUUGGUUUUGGUAGUUCGGCAGGUUUGGGGCAACAUCAGGGUGAAGCGAGUCAAGAUUCUACAAGUGAGCAGUACGUUGAUAACAGCCAAGCUUGGGAAAAUAGCUAUCCUGGUUGGAAAUAUGAUGCUAAUACUGGCCAGUGGUAUCAACUUGAUGGCCAUGAUGUUGCAAGUGUGAAUUCACAGGAGAGCUAUAGUAACUCAACGAGUAACUGGGAAAGCGGCGUUGCCUCUACCGAUAACUCUAAUGUUGGUUAUUUGAGACAGAGUACAACAUCUGCAGUGGCUGGCACUGCUGAGAGUGUGUCUUCUUGGAACCAGGUUUCACAGGUGGGAAAUGGAUAUCCAGAACACAUGGUCUUUGACGCACAGUAUCCAGGGUGGUACUUUGACACAAUUGCUCAAGAAUGGCGCUCCCUGGACAGCUACAACCAGGCUUCUCAAACAUCUGGAACUGCUCAAGCUCAGAACGGCCAAGGAGCUAUGUUUCACAGCAAUACCGAGAGUAGCAUGUAUAAUAUCAAUGAUAAAAGCCAGGCAUUCAAACCUCAGGAAUUUGGUAUACAGAGCCAACAAGGAAGUUGGGACGAUUCUUACUAUGCCAACAAUCAGCAGCAGCAGGUUACAAACACAUGGCCAUCAGAAAAUGGAGGUAAUAGUGAGGCCUCUGUAACUUCUGUCUCAUUUUCACAAUUCGGAGGAAACCAGCAAGUAAAUAGUUUGUACAGUACAGAAUCUGCGACUGAACAGUUUAAGCCAAAUGCGAAUGGAGCUCAAGGCUUCAUCCCUCAGCAUAUGAAUGUGGCUAGUCUCACCCAGCAUGGACCACUGAGUUUCUCAAACGAUUUCUAUAAUAGACAGAAAUCGUUAGACGAUACUCAACAGUCAUAUCAGAGCAAUCAGCUUUUCUCCCCAAGUGUAGGAAGAUCACCUGAUGGUCGUCCACCACAUGCACUUGUUACUUUUGGCUGUGGGAAGCUCAUUAUUAUGAAGGAUAGUAACGGCUCUCUCCAGAAUUCAUCAUUCGGAAGUCAGGGGGCUAAGGGAAACUCUAUAUCUGUCUUAAACUUGGCGGAAGUUACUUCUGGGAGUGCUUUUUUUUCAAGUCUUGGGGGAAACUCUUCGAGUUAUUUUCGUUCUCUGCAUCAACAAUGUCUUCCAGGUCCCUUGGUUGGAGGAAGUGUUGGAAGUAAAGAAUUAAAUAAGUGGCUUGAUGAGAGUAUUUUACAUUGUGAAUCUUCUGACAUGGACUUUUCAAGAGGGAAGCUUUUAAAAAUGCUUCUUUCUUUGCUCAGAAUAUCUUGUCAGUAUUAUGGGAAACUCCGGUCUCCUUUUGGGACUGAUACAACGCAAAAGGAUACGGAUUCUGCUGAAGCAGCAGUCGCAAAACUUUUUGCAUUUGCCAAGAAAAAUGGCCUUCAAAAUGGUGGCUAUGCUCCUUUAAGCCAAUGCUUGCAGCAUUUACCUCCUGAAUCACAAAUGCAAGUGACUGCUUCAGAGGUGCAGAAUCUUCUGGCUUCUGGUAGGAAAAUGGAGGCUCUCCAAUGUGCACAAGAAGGACAUUUAUGGGGACCAGCGCUUGUUAUCGCGGCACAGCUUGGGGAUCAGUUCUAUACUGAUACUGUGAAACAAAUGGCCCUUCGCCAACUGGUUCCUGGGUCACCUUUGCGAACAUUGUGCUUACUAGUUGCGGGGCAACCAGCUGAAGUGUUCUCCAAUGGCAGUACAAGCGGUAUCAGUUUUCCUGGUUCCGUAAGUGCGUCUCAACACCAAACCCAGUUUGAAAGUUGUAGCAUGCUUGAUAAUUGGGAAGAUAAUUUGGGUAUAAUAACUGCUAACAGAACCACAGAUGAUGAGCUUGUGAUUACUCAUCUUGGAGAUAGCAUGUGGAAAGAAAGGAGCGAGAUAAUUGCAGCGCAUAUUUGCUAUUUAAUUGCGGACAAGAACUUUGAUCCAUACUCAGAUAGUGCCAGGCUUUGCCUUGUCGGAGCAGAUCAUUGGAAAUAUCCUAGAACUUAUGCAAGUCCGGAGGCUAUACAGAGAACAGAGUUAUACGAAUACUCUAAGACGCUGGGAAACUCUCAGUAUAUCCUGUUACCGUUUCAACCAUAUAAAAUCAUAUAUGCCCACAUGCUGGCUGAAGUUGGUAAACUUUCGGCCGCGCAGAAGUACUGUCAAGCAAUAUCAAAGUGCCUCAAGACUGGCCGAUCAACUGAAGUAGAAACAUGGAAACAAUUUGUUUCAUCACUGGAAGAGAGAAUCCGUAUCCACCAACAGGGCGGGUAUACUGUGAAUUCGGCCCCAGCAAAAAUUUACGGAAAAUUUCUCAACUUUAUUGAUAAUACAGCACAUCGAGUUGUUGGGGGCAUGCCACCAAUAGCACCACAGUCAAGAGCAGGAAAUCUACAGGCAAAUGAGUAUCAGCAUCAUCAACAGCAGGAGGCGACUAAGUUACCAUAUAGUCAAUCUGCUAAUACAAUGCAAUCAUUGAUGUCACAUGCCUCAAUGGAACCAGUACGUGAGUUGGGUGAGAACGCGAGGACGAUGGCAACACAUUCUAGAAGUGUCUCAGAGCCAGAUUUCGGUAGGACGCCAGUACAGGAUCAGCCUGACUCCUCAAAAGACAAAGCUACUGAUGGGGCGCCACAGGUGAAAUCAACCGUGAAUGUGACAAGUUCGCGGUUUAGCAGGUUUGGUUUUGGCAUAUUGAAGAACACCGUAGGGAGGGUCUUACCAUCUCGGUCGUCUAAAGAGGCAAAACUGGGUGAUGAGAAUCAAUUUUACUAUGACGAAAAAUUAAAGAGAUGGGUGGAGAAAGGUGUAGAACCCCCAGCUGAGGAAGCUGCAUUGCCUCCUCCUCCGAUAGUAGGCACAUACAGAAGCAACUCACUGGGUUAUGAAAACAAUUCUGACAUGCAGAACGAGAUGUCUCCACCUAGUGGGAGCUUGAGCAGUGGCAGCCCGACUCCGUCCGAGAAUUCUUCGGGAAUCCCACCAAUCUCACAGGGCUCGAAUCAAUUCUCAGCUCGUGGACGCCCGAGAUACGUUGACCUCUUUAACCAAGGCGGUGGAAACUCUAAGAAAGUGUUCCAGUCACCUCCUGCAAAAUCUGCUAAACCACCAAUCCCUGCGAAAGCAAAUUUCUUCAUCCCGGCAGCACCUGCGUCCUCUUCAAAGGACCAGGUAACGGAGAUGGAAGCUGCUGAAACCAGACAGGAGUACUCAGCAGCAGGAGAAGAAGUAGCCGCCGCUCCAGGGGCUCCACCACCAAGCCACUCUUCAUUCCAGUCCCCGACUCCAUCUCCAAUGACGAUGCAGAGAUUUCCAAGUCUAGGUAACAUGAAAAGAAGUGGAUCAGGAACGAGCCUUGAUGGUGAUUUUCCUUCGUCAGGUUCCAGAAGAACAGCUUCAUGGAGCGGAAGUAUGAACAGCUCGUUUACAUCCCCAGUAGGUCCAUCAAAACUCAAACCAAGCCCACUGAACAGUAGCAGCAGCAGCAGCUUGGGAGAGGAGCUUCAAGAAGUGGAAUUGUAAAGAGUUGGAAUCUGUAGUAUCAAAAAGUUUUGCUCACUGACAGAGGUAGUCCAGUCAAAUGUUACUACAUGAGUUUAGCCAAUACAUAAAAUGAUAGGAGCAAUAUGUAUGCAGUUUGCAUUUAUAGUUUUUUCUUUAUACAUCACAAAUCAUCACCUUUUCUUGUUUAACAGACUUGAGUUAUGCAAUUGUACACAUUAAUGUUCUGUUCAUAGAGUAGUUGUUUAAUCAUCAAAUUUGUACACCA